AUGGAUUCAUGCUUCGUCCAGUUGACAUGGCGAGCUGAAACCUCAGGUGGGUAUUUAUACGUGGAGAUCCUGAAGGUCAAUGACUGGUGGAACACCAGGUCUGGUGCCUACGUGCCCACGGCGUGGCAACGAGCGGAAUUUGAACGUGCCCCUUCGCCAUCUCUCUCUCUCCACAACCGGUCGAGGGCAGUGAACAUGGCCCACCCUCUGGGUUUUGACAAAUGCUCAUCUACCUCCCAACCCGUGGCUAGGGGCCUCGUCCAGCCCAGCCGAUUUAUGUCGCACAAGAGUCCGGCCCCCACUGCGGGUGUAAUUUACGGCCUCUUUCAGCUGGACGCGGGUACAAAGUGCAAAUUAACCCUGGCGUGUUCACGUCUCGACACGCAGCCCGACCUCCUACCGCCAGGCCCGAAAUCUCCAGCUAUCGACAACCACAACGCUUUCAAGGGCAGCCAACACCUUAAGCAAUUCCUCAAUGCAUUCUAUUGGCUGUUCUAUUCACGACAGGGAGAUCAGUCUCUCACUGAAAAAAAAAACGCGAUUUGCACAGUGUGCCGGCUCGUCCAAUCACGAGUCAGGCAGGUGUUGACGAGUGUACCAACGCUUGGGCUCCACAAAAAACCCGUGCAAAAAGCGCCCUCGGUCGGCGUUUUUCGACAGUUCAUCCACUCGCCAAGCGAGGCCGCGAGAUGCGUGUCCGGUGCACUUAGAGCGGUGUCCGCAAAACAGUCAGGUCACGAGGUCACUGGUAGACGCAGGGGAUGUGGGCUUCAUACGAUCAGCAGCAUGAAACUCUUGACAGCGGUUCUGUUCGUCUGCGCUGUGAGCUUGGUACAAGCACUGCGAGUCGCUGACCACGCCAGGCUUCGAGAUGAUGCAAAUUGGCGCGGUGACCAGAGAUACUCCCACGAGAGGGCGUCUAGGACUCAGGAAGUGCCUCAACCGAGUGGAAUGACUCGAGAGAACUACUAUCGAAAUGUUGGACAGCCUGGCUACGCCGAGCGUCGUGGAUACCAGACGUCGAGAUAUCGGCUGCUUGGAGGGCACUACGGCAACACCACACACUAUCGCACCGAGGACGCGUGGAUCCAAGAGGAGACGGCACCUCCAGACUACGGAGGUCAGCGCGGUGAUCCUAGACAACGCACAGCUGACGCCCCAGAGGGAUUGCGUCAUCGAGGCUAUCAGCCGGCAGUAGGGGGAGAGGAUCGUCGCGGUGGACGAUAUCCCUAUUCCGAGAGUGACAUCCAGAGGAAUCGCCAAUCGGGCAGAUCAGAGCAUCCAAUGACACUUCAAGGACAUCCAGCUGGUUCGCGCGACGACGCCUACGCUCGACACCAGGCCGAAAUCGAGCGAAUACGUCGGCUGAACGAGGAGCGAAUGCGCAGGUACGAGGAAGAAAAGGCGGCAUACUACGGCCAGCACCGUAGACAUAACAUGUGA